GAAAGGAGAAAGUUUCAGGGCGCUUUGAAAUAAACUAAGAAUCACGUCGUGUUUCCAGCCAAAUAAGUUGGCAUCUUUGUAGGCAGGAGGUGCAACACUGGUAAAUAUUUACUGCAGAAUUCUUGACCAGGAAAAACUCUGGCAUGUUCUUUAAGGAGUAAAUGUUUUACAUGCAAGGCAAGAUCUGUGCGUGCCUCUGUGUUCUUUCCAAGUGACUUCUGAAGACAGUUUUUGAUAUCUGGCUAAGACAAACUGCUAUAGUGGCCCGAGAGCCACAGCCAGAUCGUUGGUACCAUGUCUACAACACAAAGGAAAGACGACAGCCACCUGUUCACCAAUUCGUGCACGUGUCAGCUGAAGGUGCAGGAGGACCAGCAACAGCAAGAUAAAUAUGUCAUUGCUCAACCAAUAUUUGUUUUUGAGAAAGGAAAACACAAUUUUAAGAGACCUGCAGAAGCCAGCCUGGAGGAAACAGCAGAGCCUGAAUUCACUGGUUUCUUGAGAAAGCGUGUAAGGUCUUCAUCUGUCACGCUUCACACUACAGAUUCUCAGUCUCUAGGAGUGGCAGCUUUGUCUCAGACGCGCCUGAGGUCCUCGUCAUUCACGGAUGUCCCAACCUUCCCUCCAUGCAGGCCAGUGAGGAAAAACAAUGUUUUUAUGACAUCACAUCUACUACAAAGGAAUAAUGACAUGAACAACGUAGAGCAAGGUCCCCCCGUGAGACCUUCGGAACUUGUUCUAAGACCGGCUAUUCUGCAGCCAUCUCAAACUCAAAGCUGUCAGAAAGUAGACACAACAUUUGUACCCAGUGCAUCGAAAUCCUGCAAAACUAAGGAAAAUGCCGAGCACGAGAUUUCUGAAUUGAACUCUAGUUUACUAAGUGAAAAUUUACCAAAUGCCAGAAGUUCAGUCCAGCUGUCUACUGAUCCAUGCAUCUCAGAAGCACUAUCAGGAUGCCAACCAAAUGAAGAUAUGUGUUCUUUUAAAAGCUGCAGUUCUGACUUCGUUUUUGGAGAAAACAUGGUAGAAAGAGUUUUGGGCACUCAAAAGCCUACCCAGCCUCCACUUCAAAAUCUUUCAUAUGCCAAGGGAAAAACAUUCAAAUCUGUUCUGAAACUUCCUAAUACUGCUUCAAAUUCAAAUUCUAUUAAAAACAUAUCCCUGAUUGAGUCAGCUGCUGCUUUUUCCUCCAAACCAUCCCAGAAAUGCUUGCUUGAGAAAAUUGAUGUCAUAACAGGAGAAGAAACAGAAUAUAAUGUGUUAAAGAUCAACUGCAAGAUCUUUGUAUUCAACAAAGCCACACCAUCCUGGAGUGAAAGAGGCCAAGGGAUCUUGAGGCUGAAUGACACAGCUGGCCGUGAGUGCGGAACACUGCAGUCAAGACUAAUCAUGCGCAACCAAGGCAGUCUGAGGCUGGUCCUCAACAGCAGACUCUGGGCUCAGAUGAAGAUUCAAAGAGCAAGUCAUAAGAAUUUGCAAAUAACUGCGACUGACUUAGAAGAGGAUGGUAUAAAAAUAUUUUUAAUUCAGGCUAGUGCCAAAGACAUAGGCUUUCUGUAUGCAGCAAUACACCACCGUCUUGUCGCUCUUCGAAGCCUCAGUACGCAGGGUGAUGGUGGUCCAGCCGAAAGCCACUUGGAUUCAGUCCUCCCGCAGUUCAAUGGCGAGAGCUGUGAUGAGGAUGAGGAUGAGAUCACACAAGUCACUAAAAAUGGAUCAGAUCCUUCAAGGUGGAGCCACAGACAGUCAAUUGUCUGUUCAUAAGCCCUGUCUGCCAUAAACAUGACAUCCACAGAAAGAAUGGCCACUCCACUGAAACGUCAGACCAUCCAUCCUCACUGAGAAGACUUUACUCAUACCUUAAAGAGAUUUUAUUAAUUAAAGAAACAAACACAAUUUAUUGUAAUUAAAAGUUUUAUGUUUUACAUUUUCAUUAUUGUGGACAGAAUUUAAGAAAUGGACUUCUGAAUUUAUCAUUUUGUGGAUACUCUAGAAUAAGAUUUGAUAACUAAUUUGGACUAUUCAUCACAUUGAUGGAUACAUUAAUUAAAAGUACAAAUUGUUGGCUUUGAUAAAUCUUUGAUAAAUAUCUAAAGUAUCUAUUUUAAGUCAUACAUUGUCUGGCUAUAGAACAAAUAUUUUACUAAAUUUACAGUCAUCUCUUUAAAAAAUACAAUAACUGAAAGGCAUUUCAUUAAAUCAUGUGUGUCUUCUGAAAAAUGUAUAUUUUCACUAACACUUUGAAUUUCCUAAUACAUACAUUCAUGUAAGAAUUCUUUUACAAGAGUGUCUAUUCAUGGACUUUUAGCCAUUGCAUCUUAUGUAUUUGACUCAAAGUCAGCUCACAACAGUUGAUGAAUAAUUUAACAAAAUGUAUAACCUAUGUGUCAAAAAAAUAUACAGAAGCCAAAUAUCAAUGUGCUUUAUUUAUAUGAUCAUCUUACUAGUCUAAUAGGUGUAAGGCUAUGUAGAAGCCAUUUUAUAAUACAUAUCAUAUAUGGCCAAAUGAAUAUCUCAAAUUCCAUCAUUAUGAUAUAGUAAUUUCAAUAAUUUUUAGCAGAUGCUUUAUGCCUUUUUGAUAUUUCAGGGAUACUUUAUGAAUCACACAUGAAAAUCCACAUCAGAAUUUAGGGUCAUUUUAUUUUAUUAGUAGCCCUAAACAAUAUCAUUUUAGGAUAAAGAUGCAAGAUCCGAAAUGGUUUUUGAUGUGUUCUAAACUCUGAUAUACCUGUAAUAAGGGUGUAACUUUACAAACUGCUACACUGAAGAAAAUAUUCUUUGAAAGUAUACAGAUGAAUAUAUAUUUUAAAAGUUGGCAGUGCUUUAUUGCCUCCAUACAAGAGAAGCAUCAAAUCUCGGCUUAAAUCUGAAAGUUUAGCACACAGCGGCUAAGUAAGGUCUUCUAGAGGAGGAUUUAAUCAAUAUGUUCAAAAGAAGAUAAAAAAGGUACAGAGAAGAAGGAUUUACCAUCAAGGAAAGGAGUAAACACAGGUAAUUAAGAUUAUCUCUCUCCCCCUACUCUGUGGCAGAACACAAAUCAGUGGAUAAUUCUUACAAGAAACAUGACCAGGGAGGCAUUUGAAGAAGAUAUGAAAGUAUUGGUUCACCUACAGUAUGUUAUUUUUGAGGGAACAUUAUGAUUGUAUGAUGAUUUUCAAAGUGAAGCAGAGAACAGAGACCCUCUUUAUCUCUUGGUAUACUUCUUGUUCCCAUACUGGAAUGGAAAUGAAGUAAUAUUUUUUGUGUGUUCCCAUAUUUUAAUAUAAGUUGAAUCAACCGAUUUUCUUUGGUCUUCUGUACAGAUGGCAAAUGAGAAACAGACUUACUUGUAACCUAUGCAGAAAUGCCAGGAGGUGCCCAAGUAGGUUAGAAUGUCAGCAAGGCAGAGAGACAAUGCCAACUUCAGGGUCAAGAAAACAGUGACAAUGAGCAGAGACAUGACAUAAGGUGCAAGAGUCCUCCAUCUUGACUAGAAGAAACAUUUUCUAGUUUUCCUUUAUCUUGUAUUUUAAUCUAGCCUCCUCCUGCCCCCACUUUUUGGGUUUUCUACAUUCUUUCAAUGUGAAGCAAUCAAUUAUACAAUAAUAUUCAUUUUCAUAAGUGAUUCAGACAGGUGAGUUCAAAUCUUACAUUCUGGAUUUCCAUAUAAGCCAUUUUUUAUUAAAAUCUGAUUAACUAAUCUCCAAAUAUAUUACACAUAUAUCGAAUUUUAUAUUGAAUUAUGUGUCGUAUAUAAAGAUAAUCUAAAUAUUGUCUUUCAAUAGUAUUUACUCCAAAUGUUUAGCAUAAUUGUGAAUCAUUAAAAUGCUUCCUGUUA